AUGACCACGCGGGGAGGACGUCGAUCGACGCGUCGCGUGAUCGCGGCGACCGUCGUGGCCGCGUUCGCCGCGUUCGCGGGCGCGUUCGCGGGGGCAAAGGAGGAUGGAUUGGCCUACCUCGAGGCGAAUAAGCUCAAGGAGGGCGUCACGACGCUCGCGAGCGGAUUGCAGUAUCGCGUGUUGAAGAGCGGCCCGGCGGACGGUCCUUCGCCGUCGAAGUCGACGCGAUGCAAGUGUCAUUACUCGGGGCGAACGAUCGAAGGCGAAGAGUUUGACUCGUCGUAUAAGCGCGGUGAACCGACGACGUUCGCGCCGAAUCAGGUCAUCUCGGGCUGGACCGAGGCCAUGCAAUUGAUGAAGGAAGGCGACAAGUGGGAGCUCGUCAUCCCGAGCGAGCUCGCCUAUGGCCGAAGCUCGCCGACGCCUCUGAUCAAACCAGACUCCGUGCUCGUGUUCGACAUGGAGCUCGUCAAGGUUGGCGCGUGA